CGUUGAUCCGUGCGUUGAAAUAUAAUGUAAAAAAGGCCACUUUAGAAAUAAUUGCAGGAUAAAGUUCUGUCAGACAAAAAUGUCUGUCCGAUACAUAUGAAAUGUCAUAGAAUAAAGUCUGUUACCAAAUAACCUUUUAGUGGUGGUAUAGCGGUUGUUCGACAAGUUCUUACGCGCAAAGAGCUUAGUCAAAGUUUCUCUUGAUAUAUGCUCAAGCUAAAGCACUUUGCCUACCACCCAAGGCAUUAUCGGGAGAACUACGGAUAAGCAACAUGCUAUGCCUAUAUAAUACCUGGGCCCCACCGGUAGUAGACAUAUUUGUCUUUCACCAAAUCUGCACCAAUCUGAAUCAAAUUUGAUGACGCAUCUCCAAACCAUUGGAUAAAGCUCCAGUACGUAGUGACCAAAAACCACAUAAUCUGAAGAUGGCUCGACCAAAGCGCGAAAUGCGCGCAGCUGUAGAGGAGUCAACUACGCCUCCCGACCAACUCAAAGAAGCGCAGUCGCUCGCAAGAGUGAUCAAAGCUGAGGGCAACAACCUUUACACCUGUUCUCUACCCGACCAGCGCACCAUCCUUGUCGAACUCGCUGCGCGCUUCCGCAAUACCAUCUGGAUUAGACGUGGGGGAUUUGUCCUCGUUCAUCUGACUCCCCCCGAGGAGCGAAAGGGUAAAGUGGAGGGUGAGAUUGUGAACGUUGUGGGCAUCGAGAAGGAAUGGCGCAAACAGAGCUACUGGCCUAAAGAGUUUGCACGGUUUACCUAUGAGGACGACGAGGAUGAAGACUCGACUGUUGGCAAGAUGCCGCCGUCGGAUUCGGAAGAUGAGAACUGACUGCAUAUCGACU